AGAUGCGAAGCAAGUGGAAAAAAAUGUUGGCGAAAUAAGUUUGCGAUCGCCUCGCAUGUAACCGGUUACUUGAAUUAAAGAAACUUUUUCCAAAUUCCUUCGCUAAUCGCCGACAGAAAGCGGCGGAGUGUUUGGUGAAAAUGGCGCAACCGCCGCCAGAUCAAAACUUUUACCAUCACCCGCUGCCGCACACGCACACACAUCCCCACGCGCAUCCGCACCCACAUUCCCAUCCUCAUCCGCAUCCCCAUGCGCAUCAGCAUCCGCAGCUGCAGUUGCCGCCACAAUUCCGGAAUCCAUUUGAUCUGCUUUUCGAUGACCGAACGGGUGCAAUAAACUACAACUACAUACGGCCGUAUCUGCCGAAUCAAAUGCCCAAACCAGAUAUGUAUCCCACAGAGGAGCUUCCAGACUCCUUGGUGAUGCGGCGCCCACGGCGCACGCGCACCACAUUUACCAGCUCCCAAAUUGCCGAGCUGGAGCAGCACUUUCUGCAAGGACGUUACCUUACCGCCCCCAGACUGGCGGACCUAUCGGCCAAAUUAGCCUUGGGCACGGCACAAGUGAAGAUAUGGUUCAAGAAUAGAAGGCGUCGGCACAAAAUUCAAUCGGAUCAGCACAAGGAUCAGUCGUACGACGGAAUGCCACUCUCGCCGGGCUUAAAGCAGGGGGAUGGGGAUCCCCCCAGCUUGCAGACCCUUAGCUUGGGUGGAGGCGCCACACCCAAUGCGUUGACACCGUCGCCGACGCCUUCAACGCCCACGGCCCACUUAGUGGAACACUACAGCGAGUCGUUCAACGCAUAUUAUAGCUACAAUGGAAAUCAGAAUCAUGCCCAGACCAAUGGGCAUCGUCAAGUGCAUGGACAGUAUCCAGGGGCAGGAGGAGCUGGGUCGGGGAGUGUUCCCAACGGUGGCCAGUUCUUCCAGCAACAGGCACCGCCGCCACAGCAGCAGCAACUUCAUCACCAUCAGCAGCAGCUGCAUCAUCACGCCAACCAUGGGCCGCUCCACAUGCAGCACCAGCAACAGGCACAGCAGCAACAGCAACAGUAUCAUCACUUUGACUUCCAACAAAAGCCAGCCAGCGCCUGUCGCGUCCAGGUGAAGGACGAACCGGAGGCCGACUACAACUUCAACAGCUCGUAUUAUAUGCGCUCGGCUAUGUCUGGCGCCACUGCCGCACCCGCUGCCGCUCGAGGCGCUGCCUCGCCCGGCUCCGAGGUCUACGAGCCAUUAACACCCAAAAAUGACGAGAGUCCCAGUCUGUGUGGCAUCGGCAUCGGCGGACCGUGCGCCACGGCCGUUGGCGAGACGGAGGCGACCGACGACAUGGACGACGGAACGAGCAAGAAGACGACGCUACAGAUCUUGGAGCCUUUGAAGGGUCUGGACAAGAGCUGCGAGGAUGGCAGCAGUGACGACAUGAGCACCGGGCUUCGAGCUUUGUCAGGAACCGGGAUUCGGGGCUCAGCCUUUGCAAAGUUUGGCAAACUUUCGCCACUUCAGGCCCCACCGCCGCCAAUGGGCAAUGGAAUGGGCGUGACGAUGUCCGAAUCAAACCAAUAUCAAUGUACGAUGGAUACGAUAAUGCAAGCGUAUAAUCCGCAUCGUAAUGCCGCAGGAAACUCACAAUUCGCCUACUGUUUCAAUUAGGCAUUAGGCGGCUUACCCAGAGAGUUAGUUUUAUUAGGCCUAAGUUUAUCACUGUUGUUCCUGAUUGUACAAAUACCAAAUGAUUGUAGAUAUCUACGCGUAGUAAGUUAAGAUUGUAAAUUGUUUUUAAGUUUAAGUUUUUGUGCAUGUACUAGCCUAGUCAGCAGGUAGCAUAGAUUUCAGUGCCUCUUCUAGGGAUGAUAGGUUCUUUAUUUUAUUGUAAACUUUCCCUGCAAUACGCUCUAUGCCUCGACUGCCUCUGCCGGGGUGUUCCACCAAAGCCCAGGAACGCCCCAACCAGAUCCACUCGAGGUUUCAAUGGGCUUGAACGUAUUCCAGGGAAAGUUAUUAAAUUUUUAACUUAGCUUUAAUUCAUGUCAGUAAGUAAAUCGUGUCUGGAGCAACUUGGCAUAGCUAAAAACUGUAACUGUCGAAAUGCAAAAUGUUUCUCUUGAUGGUAAUCAGUUGAAACGAUUACGUCCUAAAGAUGAACAUUUAAUCAAUAAUAUUCGAUAUAAUAUUUUCAAUUUCUACGUUAUGCCAAAGUGCCUGCCAUAAUCUAACAUUUGCACAUUCUUUGAUCAAGAAUUGUCAGCAAAUUGUUUGUUUAUAAAUAUGACAGACCAUUUGCUCCAAUUUCACAGAUUUAUUUGCUGCCUAAGGAAUUAUUAAACAAUCCUUAACACAUCCCUUCAAGAUGCAUUGAAAUAUGUUAAGCCUAAAGUAUAGUUUUAAAAUGGUGCACCACCCUAUGAUGUUGUCUGUGUAAGCUUUUUCUAAAUCAUUAUGGGAAUAUAAAAACUACUCCACGCGAUGGUAGCAAACUAAGCUAAUA